CGGAAGCAGAGGUUUGUCCUUCUGGCUCUCCGUAGUUGUAGUAAACAUGGCGUCCGGCAGCGACAGCGAGGAGGACUGUGUGAGUUACGGGACUCCUCUGGACCCUCUGGAGGAAGACGAGCCGCUGAAGAAGCCCGUUCCGCUGCACGAGCAGACGGUGAAGGACGAGAAGGGGAGAUAUCAGAGGUUCCACGGAGCGUUCACUGGAGGGUUCUCAGCUGGAUACUUCAACACCGUGGGAACCAAAGAAGGCUGGGCCCCGUCAACCUUUGUGUCGUCACGGCAACAGAAAGCUGAGAAACAUCAUGCCAGACCAGAAGAUUUCAUGGACGAGGAGGACCUCGGGGAGCACGGCAUUGCUCCUGCUGAGAUCAGCACCAGUCAGGAGUUCACGUCGAGCCGCAGAGACGCCACCAGAGAGAAGGCGAGAGCCGUCAACGCUCAGGCAGCGCUGAUCCCCGGAGACACUCUGCUGGAGGAACUGAUCACACCGGCCAGGUCGUCCAUCGGGGUGGAGCUGCUGAAGAAGAUGGGCUGGAAGGAGGGUCAGGGUGUCGGGCCUCGUGUGAAGAGGAAAGCUGUCCGGCAGCAGACGGAUGGACGAAGAGGACUGUUCGGCUCUGUGCUGCCUCCUACAGGAUCAGAGGACUCACAGGGGGACGACGAUGAUGAUGACGAUGAGUUUGCUCCAGAGGACGUGACCUUUGCCCCCAAGGACGUGACUCCGGUGAACUUCAACCCCAGGCUGGGGGUCCAGGGUCUGGGGUACCGCGGUCUGGACCCGGGUCUGGCCCUGCUGGGCCGCGGAGCUCCUGAACACCUGGAUCUGUUCAGGCCUCAGUCUGAGACCAGGUCCCGCCUGUUCGGAGACAAGAAGGGCUCUAGGAGAGGGGGCGUGGCCGGACAGGCCUUCGGGAUCGGGGCCAUGGAGGAUGAUGAUGACGAAGAGGUCUACCACAGAGACUCCAUGUCCAGAUAUGACACGGUUCUGGGUGGGGAGGAGCCUGGAGACGGACUGUACGGCUGGACGGCUCCACAGCAGUACACCAAGAAAAGAGACAGAAGCAAAGAUGCGUCGUACCUCGGUAAGAUCCUGGAGGGGUUCACUUUGGCCCAAAACCCAUCUGAGGACAAACCGGUCUUCCCUCCCCCCUCUCUGCCCAGAGACUAUCGUCCCGUCCAUCGUUUCCGUCCGUCCCUCGAUGCCUCGGAUCUGUCCGGGGUCAGUCCUGCUCUGGCCGAGGCUCUGAGGGUCUCCAGGGGCCACAUGGUCCCAGAGGAGCCCCAACAUGGAGGACGCCACCAGCUGGACUCCGGUCAGAGGAGGACGCUGCUGGGAGAAGACGCCCUGCAAGGUCCCAGUUCUGUCAUGGAGCUGCUGAAGCCUGAAGACCGACAGCGACUUCUCAGCAUGCGCAGCUCCUCCACCACGCCGUCCACCGUGCCCUCCCCCCUGACCUCCACCCUGACCUCCACCCUGACCUCCACCAACACCUCCCAGGAUGCUGUGCGGACGUGGGCGGGGCCUUCGGCGCAGGGGGGUGCGGCCUCCUUGGGCCACCAGCAGCAGCAGGAAGCUCUGACGGCGUGGAGAGGAGUCCAGACAUCCUCCCAGACCUUCAGACCGUUUGAGAAGAACCCCAGCAAACAGGCCCGCUACGAGCUGUACCUGGACCGCCUCAAACAGGGGGACAGAGGCGGUCUGGAGCAGAGUCUGGACCCGGGGAUGACAGAGUGGGAGCGCAGCAGAGAGAGGGAUGAGUUCGUCCGAGCCUCCAUCCUCUACAGACCCUCCUCCUCCUCGCUCUCCUCCCGCUUCACCAGAGCCAGGAGCCAGGAGGACGAGGACAGCGUGGAGGUCAGCCGGGACCAGGAGGGCGACGUGGACGACAAACAGGCCGCCGUGAACAUGAAGAUGUUCGGAAAACUGACCAGAGAAACGUUUGAGUGGCAUCCAGACAAACUGCUCUGCAAGAGGUUCAACAUCCCAGACCCCUACACCGGGUCCGGUUUGGUCGGUCUGCCCAAAGUGAAGAGGGACAAGUUCUCAGUGUUCAACUUCCUGACGGUGACGGAGACCACAGCUCCUCCAAAUCCUCCAGAAGCUGGGAAGAGGUCCAGGUGGGACGUUUCAGACCAGAAGGAGGAGAAGGACCCGCUGAGUGAACUCCUCGUUGCUGCACGAAACCAAACUGAGACCAAACUGGAGCGACCCUCCUCCCCCUCCUCCCCCUCCUCCCCCUCCUCCCGCAGCACCAAGCAGCAGCCUGCAGACUCCAUCACCACGACGAAGACAGAGGACAAUGAGGAGGAGGAGGAGGAGGAGGAGGAGGAGCGCCGGCCUCCCAUGGAUCUGUUCAAGGCCAUCUUCGCCAGCUCCUCUGAUGACAACUCCUCCUCUUCAUCAGAGGGAGAGAGCAACGAUGAGGAGGAGGUGAAGGAAAUAAAGGAGGAGCAGGUCGAACCACAACCACUGAACCUCUUCAGCAUCACCUCCUCCUCCCUCACCUCCUCCUCCCUCACCUCCUCCAGCCAGCAGAAAGCUUCAGUUUCAUCUCAGAACUCAAAUCCAAAAAAAGAAGAAGAGGAGUUUGGUCCAAAGCUUCCUCCUCCAUCAGCUGCUCUCACCAGAGGAGGUGCCACCUCCCUCAGCUCCGCCCGUGAGGAGGAGAAACCCAGCAGGAGGAGCAGAGAUAAGAAACAGAAGAAGAAGAAGCAGCACAAACACAAGAAGGAGAAGAAGAAGAAGAAGCAGAAGAAGAACAGACACCGAGAGAAGCAGCAGCAGAAGAAGAAGAGCAGCGAUGAAGAGGACGGUGAUGAUGAAGCUGCUGAGGUGUCCACACAGGAGCUGCUCAGGAGACUGAAAAACAUCCAGUCUCGUGAGACCUGGUGAUGAAGUGUGUCCUCCGUGAGGACGUCCGUCUGCUCCACACAACAGAUCACCUGUUGUCCUUUGAAAUAAUAAAGUCUUU